AAUACCCAUUUGAUCUCAAAAAGAGUAAAUAAAUACACAAAUAAAAGGCAACUAUCCAAAACCCCAAAACCCCAGAAUUGAAAGAACCCUUCUUCCCCGUACGCGAUUCCGGCUGCUGCAGCCACACCCCGCCGCUGCCGUCACGCCUCGUCGCUGCCGCUUCUCGUCAUCCUCUUUGCUCCUCCGAGCCCCUCCGUCGCUUCUCGGUUCGCCUGCAGCACCUCCAGCUGCUCGUUCGCCACCGCCGCUCCUUGGCUAAGGAAUCACUUUCAAUUUGGAUAAUUUUAGAUCAUCAUCAGAAUUUGGAAAUCCUUACUGCUACCCAUUUUUAAGGUUGAGUCUUAUAAAGUCACGAGAUAUGGACAUCGACUCAAAAGCACCUGAAACUGCUGCAACAGUGGAUACACAAAGUAAAGAUGCUGACAACAUAUCCAAAACAAUGGAGCAAUUGAAUAUUGGAGAAUCCUCCUCUAGCUUCAAGAAGAAACCAGUUAUCAUUAUAGUUGUGGGAAUGGCAGGAUGUGGAAAGACUACAUUUCUUCACCGGCUAGUCAGCCACACUAUGACAUCAAAUAUUCGAGGUUAUGUUAUGAAUCUUGAUCCUGCUAUUCUGACACUUCCUUUUGGUGCAAACAUUGACAUCAGAGAUACUGUUCGAUACAAGGAGGUCAUGAAGCAGUUCAAUCUUGGGCCAAAUGGAGGAAUUUUGACUUCACUUAAUCUAUUCGCUACGAAGUUUGAUGAGGUUAUAUCAAUGAUUGAGAGACGAGCAGAUCAGCUUGACUAUGUGCUGGUGGACACUCCUGGCCAAAUUGAGAUUUUCACUUGGUCUGCAUCUGGAGCUAUUAUAACAGAAGCUUUUGCAUCAACAUUUCCCACAGUAAUAGCUUAUGUUGUUGAUACGCCGCGUUCAGCUAGCCCAGCUACCUUCAUGAGUAAUAUGCUGUAUGCAUGUAGCAUUCUCUACAAGACACGGUUGCCACUGGUUUUGGUGUUCAACAAGACAGAUGUGGCACAGCAUGAGUUUGCAUUGGAGUGGAUGAAAGAUUUUGAGGUAUUUCAUGCGGCACUAGAUUCCGAUCAUUCUUAUACAUCUACCCUGACCCGUAGUCUCUCCCUAUCAUUGGAGGAAUUCUAUAGUCAUCUGAGAUCAGUCGGAGUGUCUGCAGUCACUGGUUCAGGGAUGGAUGCCUUCUUUAAGGCUAUUGAAGCCAGUGCAGAAGAGUAUAUGGAAACUUACAAGUCUGAUCUUGACAAGAGACGAGCAGAGAAGGAACGAUUGGAAGAAGAACGCAGAAAAGAGAACAUGGAGAAUCUCAGGAAAGAUAUGGAGAAGUCCCGGGGGGAAACUGUGGUAUUGAGCACAGGUUUGAAGGAUAAACUUGAUGAAGAUGAAGAAGAUGAAGAGAUAGAGGACGAUGAUAGGUUCAGUGACGAAGAUCCCAUAGAUGAGGACGAGGAUGAAGAUGAGGAUGAAGAGGUAGCCAGUUUUCCGUUUUGAGAUACGAGUCCUUCAUCUGAAUCUACUCAGUAAGUAACUGAAUAUUUGAAUUGAGUGAUGAGAAACACCAAUAUAGCUGACUAGUUUUUGUGUAGAUGAAGCCCAAGCCCUUUAUCCCUCAGCCCUGUGGUGAAGUGGUCUGAUUUGUGUAAAAAGAUACUAGCUGUAUGGAUUUUAUGCUUCUCCAAAGUUAAAUCUCCUAUGGUGUUAUGGAACUUCAAUUUCUAGUGGCAACAUUUAUAAUUGGUUUAA